AGCGCAAGAGGUAUCCAAACAUAUUCCUUCGUUUUUGCUGCACACUUUUUCCCCUUCUCCUCCGCGCUAUCUCUCUCUCUCUCUCGAUCUAUUUAUUGAGAAGAAGAGGUGAGAGGUGAAUAGCGCGAAGGAGAACGAUGGUGUUGUCGCAGAAGAUUCACGAAGCCUUCAAAGGGACGGUGGAGCGCAUCACGGGCCCCCGCACGGUCUCCGCCUUCAAGGAGAAGGGCGUCCUCAGCGUCUCCGAGUUCGUCCUCGCGGGCGAUAACCUCGUCUCCAAAUGCCCUACCUGGUCUUGGGAGGCGGGCGAUCCCAGCAAGAGGAAGUCGUAUCUCCCCGCCGAUAAGCAGUAUCUGAUAACGAGGAACGUGCCUUGUCUGAGGCGGGCGAUCUCGGUGGAGGAAGAAUACGAGGCCGGAGGAGGCGAAUAUCUGCUCGACGGUGCUGAUGAUGAUGAUAAUGAAGGAUGGCUCGCGACACAUGGGAAGCCGAAAGAAGCUAAAGGCGAUGAGGAGGAGAAUUUGCCCUCCAUUGAUACACUGGAGAUAAGCAAAGGGAAGGUUGUUCAGUCCAUUCCUUCGUACUUUGGCGGCGAGGAGGAAGAAGAAAUACCUGACAUGGCCGACUUUGAAAAUUCCGAAAAUCUUGUUGAGACUGAUCCUGCCACCCUCCAACCCUCAUAUUUUGUUGCACAUGAACCCGAGGAUGAUAACAUCCUCCGAACACGGACAUAUGAUGUUAGUAUUACGUAUGACAAAUAUUACCAAACUCCUCGUGUGUGGCUUACUGGAUAUGAUGAGUCGAGAAUGCCUCUACAACCAGAGCUUGUACUCGAAGAUGUCAGCCAAGACCAUGCCCGCAAAACUGUGACAAUUGAAGAUCAUCCUCACUUGCCAGGAAAGCAUGCAUCGGUUCAUCCGUGUCGACAUGGGGCCGUGAUGAAAAAGAUAAUAGAUGUUUUGAUGUCACGAGGAGUGGAACCAGAAGUUGACAAGUAUCUUUUCUUGUUCUUAAAAUUCAUGGCUUCAGUUAUACCAACUAUUGAGUACGACUACACCAUGGACUUUGAUCUUGGUAGUACAAGUACCUGAUAAAAGCAGGUCGAAUUUGGGGCGGGCAGCUAUGGAUCUGGACGUUCUUUAAGAGUUUUAACUAUCUUCUUGUUAAGCCUCUGUACAUACUGUAUAGUCAUCAAUGCCUGAUUAAGCAGUUAAAUGUUGGUUGCGAAGUAGCUUCGUGUUGACUGUUUUUAGGGAUGGGAUAGAGUUUAUGUUUAUGGACAUGAAACAUUAAACUUCUCUAGUUCUAAAAUUCGAUUGAAUGCUCUUGGCUGACAUUGCAUCUGUCAAGUUGCAAGGAGUGCUAUAUCAUAUGACCAGCAUUCUCUCAUGCAAAGUGAAAACUGCUUCUGAUGUUUCUCAUUAAAUAUUAGUUUGUCAGCAAUUGUGUAAUAUUAUUUUGAAGGAAAAUGGGACUUAAAGGUCUGGGCAUAUGAUGGAUUAUCGAAACUCCAUAGUUUCUGGAA